CCUAUUUCAAAACUCAACAAAUAGUCCCCCAAAACCAACAGUUUCCCCUUCAUGGCUCAACCAGGACAAGAACCCAAAAGAACCAACUACCCACUCGACCCACACUCUUACCGAAUCCUCGACGAAAUCGGCCGGGGAGUGAGCGCCAUAGUCUACAAAGCAAUCUGCGACCCGAUGGACUCCGCCUUGGUCGCCAUCAAAGCGAUCGACUUCAACAAGUCGCGAACCGACUUCGACACUGUUCGUCGGGAGGCCAAAACGAUGUCACUUCUGUCGCACCCGAAUAUUCUGAAGGCUCAUUGUUCGUUUAUGGCGGAGAGCCGGCUUUGGGUCGUGAUGCCGUUCAUGUCGGGCGGGUCUCUUCAGUCGAUUAUGGGUUCUUUGUACCCGAAUGGGUUGUCGGAGCAGUGCAUUGCUGCGGUUCUGAAGGAGGUUUUGCAUGCCUUGUGUUAUCUGCAUGGGCAAGGGCAUCUUCAUAGAGAUAUUAAGGCUGGAAAUAUUUUGAUAGACUCGAAUGGAUCCGUAAAGCUCGCAGACUUUGGAGUGUCGGCCUCGAUCUACGAGCCCAACUCCGGCCAUGGUUCAUCAGCAAGGCGACCAAUGCUCACCGAUCUUGCUGGAACGCCCUACUGGAUGGCGCCGGAGGUGAUCCACUCGCACAACGGAUACAGUUUGAAGGCGGAUAUCUGGUCUUUCGGCAUCACCGCACUAGAACUAGCCCACGGGCGGCCUCCUCUCUCCCACCUGACUCCUUCCAAAACCCUACUCAUGAAAAUCACGAAGCGCUUUCGAUUCUCCGACUACGAGAAAACCAAGAGCAGCAGCAGCAAGAAGUUUUCAAAGGCUUUCAGGGACAUGGUGGGGUUGUGUUUGGAUCAAGACCCAUCGAAAAGGCCGUGCGCCGAGAAGUUACUGAAGCAUUCGUUUUUCAAGAAUUGCAAAGGGACAGAUUUUCUUGUGAAGAAUGUGUUGCAAGGAUUGUCUAGUGUUGAACAGAGGUUCAGAGGAUCAAAGCUUCUGAGACUAGCCUCAAUGAAUAGAAGUACUGAUGAUGAUGAUGAGGGAGAUGAUGAAGGGUUUUCAUUUAUGAAACAGAGAAGAAUUAGUGGGUGGAACUUCAAUGAAGAUGGUUUUGAACUAGACCCAGUUUUUCCAACGAACAAGGAUGAAGAUCCCGACAUCGUGAAACAAGUCCGGUUCGGAGGCGAGACGGUCAUUCAAAACAGGGGAGGGGAUUCGGAGGCAUCGGAUUCGAGUUCACCGGGAAAAGUUGUCGACGCUCGACUUGGUGACCAAAUGAAGGUUUGUUCCGAAACGGGCGAUAACGGCGGCGGUGGUGAGGCGGAGUUGGGUGGUGGGAGUGUAGGAAGGGCAGAGGUGGUGGGGAGCCUGUUGUUUCUGAAGAAGAGCUUGGAUGCUCAGAGGCAGAGUGUGAGGAAUAUGAUAGUGUUUUUAGGUGGGGGAGAGAGUGUGGAUUUGAACAGAGAAGAGCAGUUGGCGCAAGUGAUUGAGAAUUUGAAGGGGGAGUUGGAGAGAGAGAAGAAGAAAAGGUUUGAAUUGGAGAUGGAGUUGGAGUUCCUCAAGUUGCAACUUAGCAGUCCCUCUGAGUAGAGGGAGGUUCGGUUCAGAUCCGGGAACGCUGCCGAGCACCCUACCGAGCAGAUCCAAGGCACAUCUGGACCGUGCAAAACUGUUUUCAACGGUCCAGAUUAAAAAACUAACUCUUCCCCAGAAGAGUGGGAAGAGUUUGUUUUCUAUCCGGACUAUUGAUUGCUAAGAUAGACGGUCCGGAUGCGCUCGGCAGGAACCGCUUGGCAACAUCACUGGGUCGAGUUCAAUAAGUUCAAACUUUAAUGCCAUUAUCCUAAGUACAGUAAUGUGUAUGCUUUGGUCAAACAGAUAUGGUAAGAAUAUAAUCAUGGUCUCUUAAAAAGUGGUGUACUAUUAUAAAUUGUAAUCAUAUCCAAGCAAGUUCUUGUACUCA